UGUGUCGUAAUUUUUGAAGCAACGCAUUCACAACGACACUCAGCGCGUGUCGGGCACGCCACCUUUGUGUUGACACGCCGUCAUUAGUGCAAAUCCAAGUUACGCGCACACACUGUGGUCCCACCAGUGAACGCAUGACGAAAAACGUUCCAAUCAACGAUCGAUCCAUCCCCACCAGAUCCACCCCCACUGUCACACAGACCACUGUACAUACCAUCAACCGGCUGCUGGUCAGCCGCUGCCAAAGGGUGCAAGGGCAUCAACUCAUCCGCCCCUUCGCCGCCUGUCAAGAAACCAACCAUCCAUCCACUCAGUCAGUCAAGCCAACAUCGAGCAACGCCUGUGCACACACACACACGCACGACAACAGGGAAGAGAGAAUCGACUAUGCCUGGCUGCCUGGCCUGCACCGCCAUAGCAAGCGGCGGAUGAAUGAAAACGCAAACCAACUCACUCACUUACGUCUAGUCGGGCCUGGCUGCGCCUGAUGCUCUCGUUGAACCGAGACUGAUGGCUGCGAAGCCAUGAGCACGCGGGGUCACACACAUGAGCUUCGGACCUUUCGGCGCUGCUCCUCCUCUCACCGUUGUCUGGCACGUUUUGCAGCUUGAACGUGUGUCUGCAGCAGCUCCUCAGCGGUCAUGAAGUGAACGCUGUCUUCUCGGCCUGCAGCAAGACCUGGAGGCAUGCAUAAAUCAGCGAGUGAACGAGUGAAUGAGUGAAUUCGGUGUGGUCCGUCUGUCCGCCGGCUGGCGUACUGUACCCACCUUCGCCAGUGGCGGUAGUGUCGGUGUCUGUCUUGAGGCGCUUGGCCUCCCGCGGCUUAUCAUCAUCACCACCGCCGCCACCGCCUGCGAUUGGCGAAUGCAGUGGCGGCAGCGGGAGGGGCUCAGCCUCAGCUUCCCGAUGGCCCUGGGGUACAUGGGAUGGACCGAGAGCCUGCAAACAUAUAUGGACAACCAUCCAUUCAUAUGCCUAUGCCCUUCUCUCCCUCCCCCUCCUCUCCUCUCCUCUCGUGUGCUGACUGACCCAUAGCUCAAGUGAGGCGUAGAGGGGCCGAGCGGCCGACACGCUGAUGGGCAGACCACGGACCGACACCAUGCGCUCUGGCUCCUCAGCCCCGCGCCUGUCCAAGACAAAAUGCAUGACAACAAACAAACAAUGAUGAAAUUCGCCUCCAGUCCUGGCUGCAGGCCUUACUGAUCUGCCAUUUGGCCGGCAAAUGCAAAUGCUCUUCUUCCG